AUACACAGAGUGGAUCGGUGUUAACUAAAAAAGGCUGCAAAAACAUAUAUAAUAUUGUAAAUAACAACGAGAAAAAGUCUUUAACAACACUGAUUACUGGUAAUGCAGCCGGUCAAUUAGCACCACCUUUAAUAAUGUUUCGAUAUCAAAGAAUUCCUGGUUAUAUCAUUACUAAAAUGCCACCAGGCUAUAGUUAUGGACGAUCUGAUAAUGGUUGGAUGAAAGGAGAAAAUUUUUUUGAGUAUAUAGCAAACGUGUUUUAUCCAUGGUUAAUUAAAAACGAAAUACAGUUUCCAGUUGUAUUAUUUGUAGACGGUCACUCCUCGCACUUAACUCAACCACUAAGCGCUUUUUGCGCUACAUCUGGAAUUGAGUUGGUGGCAUUACAUCCAAACUCAACUCAUAUAAUUCAACCAAUGGAUGUAUCUCUGUUUAAAUCUUUAAAAACUGCAUGGAAACAAACAAUCUCGAAUUAUCAAAUUAAAUUCAAUCAGCUGUCUAUACAAUAUCAAGAUUUUGGAACGGAACUAAAGGAAACAUUAGAAGGAAUAGGUGUUACUAAGAUUUUGAAAAAUGGUUUCCGAGUUUGCGGUUUACAUCCUUUUAAUAUAGAUGCAAUUGAUUUUUCUAAACUCUUUAAAAGAGAAAAUACUUUAUCUAAACCAGCAAUCGAUCACGAGGAUCACAAUAAAUUUUUAGCUUAUAUGGAAAACAUGUUGGGAUCAGAAAUAAUGACAUUCAAGGAAAAUAAAGAUGAUGAAUGGAAAGGUCUUCCAGAGAACAGAAAUUUAUUUAACUUUUGGAAUAAAGUAUCAAAAUUAUGUGUCACCAAUUCCAACACUAUUUCAAAUAUUACUCAAGAUGACCUGACGUUUGUUGAUGCUGAUCUUAACGAGAAUGUUGGUACUGAGGCUCGCAGCAUUAAAUAUGCAAUUGAAAUUCCAUCUAAUAUAAAUAUAGAAAAUAAUUUUCUUAAUACAGAACAAUCUCUUCUCGAUUGUGAUGAUGUCAAUAUUAUUAUUGAUGAACAUGGCAAUAUACUAGAUGAAAAUUAUCUUCAAAAUCAGAUUAACGAAACAUUAAUAACACAGGAUAAUGAAAAUGAAGAUCCACUUAUUAUUAACAAACAAUCGAAAGUCACAGAAACAGUCGAAACAAACAAUAAACAUCUUGAAGAUGUUACUAAUAUUGUGCAAAAUAAAACAAAAGAGAAUUUUGAUUUAACGUUAGAAAUGCAAGUUCCAACAGCUUUUAAAAAAUCUGUUUUUUGGUCUAAACUAGACUUAUCUAAGGAUAAAAAAAGGAAACCUCGAUCAAAAAUUCCAUCCGUUCUUACUUCAGAACAGGGACUACAAUAUUUAUAUGAAGCAGAAGAGAACAAGAAGAAAAAAGAAGAAGCGCAAGAACAAAGAAAAAACAUUGGACUAGAAAGACUUGCAGCUGCGAAAGAAAUUAAACAUUGCAGCAAAUGGACAUUAAAUGGGGAGGUAGCAUUCGGUACACGGGCAUUAAAAUGGGGAGGCGGAUAUUUG